UGAUCUGCCACUGGUGCUCAUUGCAACAUCUGCAGUUCUCGUGGAUAUAAAAAAAUAUUUUUAAUUAAUUUAUACCAAUAUUUAGGUUUUGGAAAGUAAAAUUUCUGAAGUGGCUGGAAAUUAGAUAUUAUAUGAAAUGCCAUGCAACUGGGAACGAUUCAAAACAAAACAAACGUUUACAUUUGAAAAACAGUACAAAUACAAUAAUAUUCUAUUUAUACAACUCCUCCCGCAACAAGAUGGUAGCCUCCCAGACCGUUCCUACGUGAAGGGCGAUGAUUACAGGACGGAUCCUCUGAAUUAAAGGGGAGGCAGGAGGAGGCUGUGUGGUUCUGGGAGCGUGUGGGGGCUCCGGGGAGGAGGAGGAGCACCACCUCAAAAGGCGAGCGCCGCCGACGUGUGAUGUAGCAGUCCAGACCCGAGCAGCGACGGAGCAGGGCGCAGCAUCGGAGCAGCAGGAGGAGGAGGAGAGCUGCAACUACAGGAAGAGGCGCUAGGAGGCCCGAGCAAAAGGCAAAAAGCUAAGAAGCCUCAACACCAGUGAAGCGGUGCCUGUGGAUGGACGGUGCAGGCACCCAUGGCGUCACAGGAGCAUGCGGAUGCGAGAGCCGCUGAUAAUAAUCCCACCGCCGGAAUGGAGGGUGGUGCUGCGCCCGGCAACGCCACAAACUGUCCUGUCCACGCGCCCGGCGAAGAGGACGCCAAGCGGGGCUUUCGGAAAGGCAUUGGGAGGCAUAAUGACUACGUGAAGAUUUCCGUGCCAGAGUCCAAGGUCAACCGCCUGCCGAUGGAGUGGUGGAAGACGGCACUGGCCGUCUUUUACGCCGGCUUCAACUUGGUCCUAACGACAGUCGUCAUCACUAUUGUCCACGAGAGGGUCCCGCCCAAAGAAAGCAGCCCACCUCUUCCUGAUAAGUUUUUUGACUAUAUUGACAGGGUCAAGUGGGCCUUUACGGUGACAGAGGUCAACGGCAUGGUGCUGCUGGUUAUUUGGAUGAUCCAGUUAUUCUUCUUCCGGUACAGGUCAAUAGCGAGCAGGCGGUUCUUCUUCCUCAUUGGCACCCUGUACUUGUACCGCUGUGUCACCAUGUACAUCACCACCCUGCCUGUACCUGGCAUGCACAUGACUUGUGCUCCAAAGCUUCAUGGAGACUCGCACGCAAAAAUGCAGCGAAUUCUGCGGCUGAUUUCAGGUGGAGGUUUAUCCAUUACAAACUCCCAUCUCCUGUGUGGAGACUUCCUCUACAGUGGACACACCGUGAUGCUCACCCUCACUUACCUAUUCAUCAAGGAAUACUCGCCGCGGUCGUUUUGGUGGUACCACCUGAUGUGCUGGCUGCUGAGCGCCGUGGGCGUGGUGUGCAUCUUGGUUGCACACGAGCACUACAGCGUGGAUGUGGUUGUAGCCUAUUUCAUCACUUCCCGCCUGUUCUGGUGGUACCACACCAUGGCCAACUUACAGACUCUGAAAUGCUCGCCAAAUAACUACCUCACCAACACCUGGUGGAACCCACUGUUCAACUUCAUGGAGAGGAACGUCCAAACCUCGGUGCCAUGCUCUUACAAUUGGCCCCUCACCUGGCCUCCGGCCUGCCUUAAGAACCCCUGCAAGAAGUACUCCAUGGUACAGAGCACGCGGGAGGAGUGACAUGACCCUGACAUCUCUGUCUACUGGACCGCAACAUAAUGAUACCAAAUGCAUAGCUACGAAAGAAGCGUCUCUGCAAAAAUGAAGGAUAAUCAUAUUGUCUGUGUGUGUGCUUUGUAGAUGUAAUUUAUUUCUGAGAUGAACUCCUCAUUGUUUUUGCAACUCAGCUUCUAGUGAACCUCAGACAUGAACAAACAAAUUGUUGCAACGAACUUGCAGGUUUGUUCCGCUAUUUGCAAGACUUCAUUUUGGAUAUGCUACUGUAACUCUUUCAUACUGUAUGUGUUGACGGGGUUUACCUCAAUAUGAUAACAUGUGCUCAAGUCACAAGGUGCCUUAGUGUGUUAAAGAUCAGUAGGUGUACCACAACUGCCAUUUUGAGUCUUGAUAUAUUUGCUGUUGUUCUUUCAAUUUAUAUUAUUCAUUUUGUAUUCAUUUUAGUAGCAUUAUUGGUGUAUAUCAAUCCUGUAGUCCAAAACAUUGUAAUGUUAUAU